UUGGGUCAAUCCUACUAUUUAAGCAACUUAAAUUGAUAUUAUUGAAUCAGUGUGAAAAACAUCUCUCAGUUUAAUGUCCAUUAUAAUUCAUUACAAACUGAAAAGGGCUUUCACUCUAAGAUGGCUUCAAAAAUUAAUUGGGUACAUCUAAUAAUUGGAGUUUUACUCAUUUCACGAAAAAUCUUUAGUACUUCUGGAAAAUCAGUAUAUGGUGACAUGAUAGCGCAGUCCUCUCUACGAACGGCUAGAUCAGCGGGGGCAGAUUGGAAUAAUUAUCGGCUGCCGUUCCCACAAAGCCAUGCCGAAAUAAGGCCGUUACAACGUGAUAGGAUUUGGGAAAAGUUAGCACAUGAAUUCAGGGCUGAGGAUGCUGUGGAAUCAGUACAUCAUAACAAGAGAGAGGCAGCUGCUCCAACUGCCUCUGAGAGGAGGAUGCUUGAGGAUCUUUUGAGAGAACUCCAAGCAGACAAAGAAAAACCUAAAAAGUAUAAAAAACGUAGAAAGAAGAGAAAGAAGGUAUCGUCUACUGAUAAUCCUAUAAAAGGCCAAUAGGGCAAAGCAAAUCAGUAACAGCAAGUGUCUCUAUACCACAUGGAUUCUAAUAAUAAUAAAUGUUUAUGUUUCUUUACCUAACUUUAUCUAACAUUAUUAAAUACCAAAUACAUUAAUCAAUGAAUAAAUAAAGCAAUAUUUAAAUAUUAA